AUGGAUAUGACAUUAUCAAGUGACUUUUGGAAAUCACAACUUCAAAUAUACAAUCUCGAAUAUCAAUUAUCAUUGCCAACUGAUAGGCAACGUUCAUCAACCGAUCAACGAUCUGGUUUUGCUUCGGUAGCUCAAAUCUCUUUCGAUGAUGAGAUUUCCAUAGCAUUUCUAAAUUAUGCUUCUGCACAUAAAAUCACACCAUUUCAACUAGGAUUGGC